AUGUUUACUUUAAAAACAAUAAUUGUGUUCGUGAUCCUGGGAAUAUCCUUAGAUUAUUCAAUAGGAUGUAAACGUGUGGAGGAAACAAAUAAAUUCGCCAAUACGGAUAUAUCAGUGAAAUUGAAAAAAUCUACCAAGUUACAAUAUGAAAUAUUAAAAGGUUCCAAAAUAUUACAAACUGUAACAUUUGACAACUUUAAUACUGACAAUGAUCUACAGAUGACAACGAAAGGUACCAUACAAAUAAGCGAUGGCAAGGAGACAAUUGAAUUCGAAUUGGUCACAUCUAGUGACACAAUAACUCACGUGCGUGUAAUACGUGAGAAUGUUGCCGAUAAUGGACAACCAAUGGAUUGUUUCGAUUUAGAUAUGGCUUCAACACAUUGGUAUGGUGGCCCUGAAGAUCGUUAUCAAUACUAUCCCGUAGAACGUUUAACAUUUGAAGAUUAUUCCUAUGUCACAAAAGAGGACCAUAAUGCCGGUGUUGCCGAACGUUAUUGGCUUAAUUCAAAUGGUCUAUUCAUUUAUGUGGAAACCGAGACGCCAUUAUUCAUUACUCAAAAUGCCAAAGGUUAUGAGAAUAAAUUGUGUUUAUCGGCCCAUAAUAGUUUACCCUAUAAUACCCGAGCCAAAUCGCGUAGUUUUGUUUAUCACAUUGGUGUUGGAGAUAAUGCUAAAACGGCUCAUAUGCAUGCUGUUGAAACUUUGCUGGGACAUCCUACCAGUUAUCCGGAUGAACGUAUGGUUAAAUAUCCCAUAUGGUCGACAUGGGCUCUAUACAAAGCUGAUAUUAAUGAACAAAUUGUACGUGAUUUUGGUGAUGCGGUUUUGAACUACGGGUUUGAGAAUAGCCAAUUGGAAAUUGAUGAUGACUGGGAGGAUUGUUAUGGUGCCCUGACAUUCCGUAAAUCAAAGUUCCCCGAUAUUAAAAAAUUAACUGAUGAUUUGAAGGCCAAAGGAUUCCGUGUAACAUUGUGGAUACAUCCUUUCAUUAAUAAUAAUUGUCAAGACACAUAUAAUGAUGCUCUUGCCAAAGGAUAUUUAGUUUUGGAUCACAAUGGCAAACCCAACACCCAAUGGUGGAAUAGUAAAACUGGUGAAGCUGCCUAUGUUGACUUUACAAAACCGGAAGUUCAAGAAUGGUUUAAGAAACGUUUACAGCGUUUACAAACCGAAGAUGGUAUUGAGAGCUUUAAGUUUGAUGCUGGCGAGACAAGUUGGGUGCCAAGCGAUCCCAUAUUGAGCGGAGACGAUGUACUUUCCCCACACCAGAUUACCCAACAAUAUGUACGUACUGUGGGCUCCUUCGGUCCCAUGGUUGAGGUACGUGCUGGCCAAGGCACUCAAGAUAUGGCCAUUUUUGUUCGUAUGAUUGACAAAGACUCGGAAUGGAGUUGGAAUAAUGGUUUAUUGACGCUGAUCACAACCCUAUUGCAAUUGAAUAUGAACGGUUAUCCAUUUGUAUUGCCCGAUAUGAUUGGUGGUAAUGGUUAUAAUAAUAAACCACCAACAAAGGAGUUGUUCAUAAGAUGGCUGCAGGCCAAUGUGUUUAUGCCAAGUUUACAAUUCUCUUUUGUGCCAUGGACUUUCGAUGAGGAAACAAUUGAGAUUAGUAAGAAAUUUACAAAAUUGCACGCCGACUAUACACCACAGAUAAUGGAACGUUUUAAGUUGGCCGCCAGCACAGGCGAACCGGUUAAUCCUCCUCUAUGGUGGGUAGAUCCAGAGGAUAGAACUGCUCAGGGUAUAUGUGAUCAAUUCCUCUUGGGUGAUAGCAUUAUCGCAGCUCCCAUUAUAAGGGAAAAUGAAACUAAACGUGACAUUUAUCUACCCAAGGGUACAUGGAAAGAUGGUAAUUCAGAUAGUGUUCACACCGGUCCCAUUUGGAUAAUGGAUUACCCAGCCCCAUUAGAUACAUUGCCAUAUUUCAUUAAACAAGCUUAA